AUGAGUGUCCCACAGCCUAGGGAAGGAGAUGUCAAUAUUGGCACGGGAACUGUUAUCGCGUGUUGGGUUUUAACAGGCGUGGUCGGAUUGGCUCUUCUGUUUAGAUACUUGACCAAAACUUGGAUUCGUUUCUGGGCAAUGCCGGCUGUUACUGCACCGGAGAGGAUAUGGGGCGUUGAAGAUUUAUUCUUUCUUGUUGCUUAUGGAUUCGAUCUGGCUCACAUGUCAUUGAUCCAGAUGAGUGCACAUUGGGGCCUCGGAAGACAUUUCUUCUACUUGACCACCCAGGAGAAGGUCAAUGCUAUGAAAUAUGACUUCCUCAGUCAGCCGUUGGCAGUUUCAUCUGCUAUGGUCUCUCGGACAGGCAUGAUGUGGUUUCUUUUGAAUUGCUUUGCCACUAAUAACCGAGUUCGCAUGUCGAUCGUAAUAUGUGCUAUUGUUCAGAUCGUAGCGAAUACGGUGACAAUAGGUUUGUUUUACUCUGAAAUAUUAACUAACAUCCCCAGUGGCCCGAAUCCAUACCGUGCGACUGAUCGUGUCAAGUACUUUCAUUAUAUGUGGACAGCACUCCCGUCGGACGGCUCCGUCGUCUGUCAAUCACCAGAUGUCCAAACCACCGUCGGCUUUGUCCAAGGCGGAUUUAAUACCAUCAUUGAUUUCUUUUUGGCAACACUCGCUGCAGUUGAACUGUGGCAGUUCUUUUUACGAACCUUGCAUCGCGAUUCCAAUACCUCCUUCUGGACCCAAUUUCGGAAGAUCAACAAAACCGUUCGUUCAAGGCGCAUCUGGCAGACAAUUACACUGAGUGGCCCUCUUGUUCUGUCCGGAGCUGCCUCAAUUAUCAAGACAUAUAAAUUGAAAAGUCUCGGCGACAGAAACGACUUUACAUAUAACAUCGUCAGCUUCGUUCUUUGGGUGAAAAUCGAAAAUUACAGCAUCUUGUUAGCUAGCUGCGCGCCUGUUGCACGACUACUACUUCGCACAGUGGUGGAUUCUCGUCGUGCAAAUGGUCGACUGGGCUACUUCUCUCGAUCCACAGAUAAUAAUAAAAGCAAAGAUACUGAGCUGAAAGCUCGACAGAAGGAUCAGUGGAUGGACUCAGCGACUAUGACGACAAACUGGGAUGAAGAGAAUGCUCCUGCGGAUUGGCCGAUGCCUACGGAGCGCUCGGAGAGUAGAAUCUCUUGUGCGAAACAACCAGAUCAUAUUGAUGAUGGUGUGAUCUUGGCGAAGACUGAUAUCGUUGUGCAGGUUGAUGGACAACAUGGGCGUUCACGAUCGAUGUCUUCUGGUGGUACUCGGUUAUUACCAGAGGGGGGAGAGGGAUCCAGUGAGCAUGGAUCGGAGCAUCGAUGA